AUGCUGUUUGUCAAUUUGAUGUUGAAGGUAUAUAGAAUUAAUUGUGUAUAUGUUCAUCAGGCACUUGUUGAUGCUCCUGAUAUGGAGAGGUCCCCUAUAAAUUUCAAGAGGCUUUCGCUUACUGACCUCAAGAUUGAUAUUAAGUGGGUUCCCAAGAAGAAGGAUCUCGUCAAAGCUUUGGAGGCUGCUGAUGUUCAGAAUAAGUGGGCAAAGAGCUCAUGGGGUAGAAAACUGAUUGUGAAGAACACUAGAGCAACACUCAAUGAUUUUGAUAGGUUCAAGAUAAUGUUGGCAAAGAUCAAGAGGGCUGCUGGUGUUAGGCAAGAGCUUUCUAAGUUGAAGAAGACUGCAGCUUAGGCAUUAGUUAGUGAUCAAAUUUUGAAUAUUCCAAUGACUUUAUUUUGAUAUUAGUACACUUCGGUUUGUUUUAUGAUAUUCUAUGUAAUCAUUGAGUGACUUCCUAGAAAGGGUUAUUUUCGAAGCUCAUAUUAUUGGAUUGAUAUUAAGUUCUUUCCAAGUUUUUCUUUUGCUUGCGGAUGAUUUGCAUAUUUUGGUUUUUAAGAUGUUCUAAGACUAAUAGAAGUCUCGAACUGCAUAUGAUGGCAACUGUUGUUUCCUUGUCAUUUAUUUGCAUUUUUGUUUUUAUCACAUCUAGUCUUAUCUUCACGAUGGUUAAAUCCUUUAGUAAGUUACACUAGUGUAGGCCUUGGUUGGGUGACAAGAAUCUAUUUGGGAUGUUAUUUACUCUAUUUUGAGGGCAGGGAAGUUUAAUUUGUUAGUCUAGGCAAUGUUUAAAAUAACGUUUCCGUAGUUGAUCAGAGAAACCCUCCCAAUCUCGACGAACCUCGUUUAGGGAGGUACCUUGUUGCAGCUGCUGAUAACAUUGUGUCUAUACUUGACGUGGAGACACACAUGCCGAUAUUCAUUAAAGGGUCAUACAAAGACAAUAGAUUCUGUAAGCUGGGAUCCAUUUGGGGAGUUGCUGGCAUCAGUGAGCGAGGACUCAGUUAGGAUUUGGACUCCUGGAACAGGAAAUGAAGGGGAAUGUGUUCAUGAGCUUAGCUGUAAUGGAAGUAAGUUUCAUUCAUGUGUUUUCCAUCCAACAUUCCCUUCCCUGCUCGUCAUUGGCUGUUAUCAGGCAAGU